AUUUAAAAUUGCUCUCUGUUUCUGUUGUGAUGUGCCAUGUUGUAUGUCGAGGCGGUGGUAGGUUGCAAAAUCUUGUGUUGACCAGAGAUAUCAACGCCCUGAUCAGUCUUAUAAAUAAAGGUUAUAAUAUAAAUACUGUCAAUCAGUUUGACGAAACUGCGCUUUACGUCGCAUCAUAUUACGGCGAUUUAGAAAUUGUUGACGUUCUUCUCAGCAGGAACGCUGAUCCUAAUUUGCCUACUGUAGAAGGAAAUACUCCGCUUCAUUCAGCUGCCUUUAGAGGACAUACAGAUGUUAUGAAGCAAUUACUCACUCACGGAGCAGAUGAAAGCUUAAAAAACAGUUUAGGUAUGACUGCUUCUGACCUUCUUGAGGUCCACCAAUCUACUGAAAAGUGUACUAAGUUAUAAUACGAUGAGAGACGCUUCUAAACUACCAUGCCUCAUAGGUGAUUCAUCAAAGUUGAAAGCUGAACAGAGCCCAAAAUUGAUGAAGUCAAACCUUCGGUCUGUUGAGAGACUUCGAAAAAGAUACACAAAGAACAACUCAAAGUAUAUAACUUCAUUUUGUUCGUUCAACCUUGAUCACCUACAGUUUCCCCGACAAUUUAAUUCGUUCAUACCUGUUAAUCGCGUUUCUGGUGUAGAGCAGGAUAUACCCACAAAUCUUCGCCCCCCAAAAGGAGAAUUUUUUAACAGAUAUUGCAAACAAUGGUUUGGAAUAUCUGUUCUCUUGAAUCAACUUAAUCCAGAUAAGAUACAGUCAUUUGAUAUGAAAAGUAAAACGGUUAUGAGAAAUUUAAUUAUCCGAGAAUUGGAAGUAAUGAGCCGUAUACAUCAUCCAAAUAUCAUCAACCUAUUGUCUAUAAUAUACAAUAUUCCUCAAGAAUCAUGUGAUCCAUCAAUAAAUCCUGAAAAUUUGGCUUUGGUAUAUGAACGUCCCUCCAUGGGUACUAUGUAUGAGUAUAUUCAAGAGAAUAAAAAUACUUUGUCCACAUUAUCAGCUCUGGUUAUUUCAUGUCAAAUAUCUGAAGCUUUAAUAUUUCUACAUUCAUCUGGUAUUGUACAUUGUGGUGUUACACCGCAUGCCAUAUAUUUUUAUGCAGAGGAUCGAGUGAAAUUAGGCAAUUUUGAAUAUAGUCAGUUUAUUGAAAUCUUCGAGAAUCAAGGAAAUGAAGAUAGGUGUCAUUCAAAUGGCUCAUCGAUUCGCAAAUCAAAGUCUCAUUAUCACCAGUAUCAACACAAUAAUAAUUUUUUCAAAGACAGCAAUCAUCAUCACCAGUUACCUUCAAUAUAUAAUCUACUUCUUGGAAUUUAUUAUUUACCAGCUCAUUGUUUAACUGAUUGGUUACCAUAUGAAUUAUAUAAUUCAUCGAAUCCAUUAUUUCAUUAUGAUCAUUUUUCUGAUAUUUUACAAUCUGUAUCAUUAAAUGAAAUUUAUCAAAUUAUUAGACCUUGUACAACUAGUGAUGUAUAUUCAUUAGCUAAAUUAAUUCAAUUUAUGCUACCUACAAUUCAACAAAUUAAAGAGAAUCCUGAUAUUUAUUCAUUUAAUACACCUAAUAAUCUAUUUGCAUUGAUUUAUUCAGCAUUAAAGAUAAAACCAGAUGAACGUAUAUCAAUGAGACAAUUCAAUAGACUAUUGAUACACUUAUAUUGGGUUGAACGUGAUCGUGAAAAAUCAUCUCAUGUUUCAUUUCACAACAUACCUCCAUGUUCAUUAAGACUUUGUAAUCAUAAAUGGAAACCACGUUAUUUUGAAUCAAUUCAUCAAUUUUAUAAUAUAAAUCAUGAAGAAUAUCCUUUUUUAAGUAAAAGUAUUUCUCCUAUUCAUUGUCAGACAAUGGGAGAUGUUACUGACAGCGAAAAAUACAGUAUCAAUUCGAAAACGAAGUUUUUUGGCUGUCUAUCAUCUAAUAAUUCAGAUAGCCCUGAAAUUGUCUCUGACUCCAUUCAGUCGAUAAAUCGAAAUGCUUUUCAGUUAUCUACUUCAGAUAGAAAAAAGCGUAUAUCUCAACCAGUUCUGAAGAUUUGUAAUCAAUUAGGUAAGGGACAAUAUACUAAAAAACAGAAACGAUCAUGGCAUAAAAUAUUUCCACAUAAAAAACAAAUAAUUUCAACAAAACAGUCUCUCCACAGAGUACAUAUGAUUGAAUCCUCUUCGAAUAAAAGAUUAUUAAACAUAAAUGAUAAACAAGAGUCGUCAGUUACUUCAUAUUCAAGUGAAUGCCGCUCAGAUAUUGUGCACAAGUGUUCACAAUUAACUGAUAAUUCGAAAGAAAAUGAAAAAAUCCCUUCAGGAUUUCAUCCUUCUUUUACAGAUUGGCUUAAACGUCGAAAAUGUAAAUUGUCAAUUGAUAAUAGUCUAUUACCAGAUAUGAAUAUAAAAUUUAACUGUGAGACUGGUUCAACUCCAGUAUCUAGAACUGAAGAAAUACUGAGUAAACCAUCUAAUCUUUCAAAAAAUAAUUCAAAUUAUAAAGUUCCCAAUUUAUUUACGCGUUUUCGAUUAACAAAAUCUGAUUAUGUUCAUUUGUCUGCUGUACCUUUAUUACCGGAAGGUGUUGAAGUAAAUCCUAAUUUGGUUUCACGAAAAGAUUUAUUGUCAUGUCAAACACCACUUUCUUAUUCCUCAUUUAAUAGUCCCCCGAUUCCUUUAACCUCAUUAUCAAAUAAUUCAAAUUCAGUUAUUACUUAUCAAGAGAUUUCUGUAAAUAAUUUAUCCGAAAAGAUUCUCAAUAUCUUCAGUCCUCGUUUAAACAAGUCGUCAAAUUUCAAAUCCGAUGUUAUUACACCAAUGAAACCAGCUUCUCACCUCACACAAUUAUUAUCUAGUUCCAUUGAUAACCCAAAUGUUUCUGGCAGAAUUGAUUUGAUACGUACAUCUAGUUUACUCGCUCGUAGGCAACAAUACAUAACGCGAAUGAAAAAUCAAAAAGAUUUAAACUUAUCUUUACCAGUCUGUGAUUUGACAAGUUCCAAGUGUCAACAAAAUCAAUUCUCUAAGAUAUCAUAUAAUCAAUCUGUUUUGAAAAAUCAACGAGUGAAUAGCUUGCCUAUUGUAAAGAACUAUCCAAUACAUUCUGACAAUCAUAAUAGAUCAAUACAACUAUCAUUUCGAUCUGAUAAACAUACAAAGUCAUUAGAUCAUUCUAACCGUCCAAUGAAUUCUUCUAAGGAUGAAGAACCGUUAAGGAGUUCAAAUAGAAAUUGUGUUGAAAAUUUGUCCUUUAGUGAUUAUAUUUUAGUUCAAAAUAAUGAAAAGUAUCAAUCAUGUCAAAAAACUAGUCCUUUACUACAAGAAACAAUCAAUUCAGGAUAUUCCCAAUCAAAAUGCAUUGAUCAUGUAGUAAUGAGACAAGCCUUAGUUUCUCAAAGUUGUGAAAAUCAUCAUUUAAUAGAACAUGAACCAAAACUUGAAAAUAUUUUGUCGAUCUCUAACGAAUCCAUCGGUAUACAAUGUUCUAUUGAAGAAUUGCACUGUGAUGCAAGUUUACAAACUGAGAUAAGUAAUCCACAAAAUCCAGAUCUCAGAAUUUCGGAGCCAGAUAGAGUUAUGGAGAAUCAACAAUCAUUGUCUGUUUAUAACACUAUUUUAUCAAAUGCUGAAAUGGAGCAAAUGCCGCCAGAUACUUUUUUCAGUUUGCCACGUUCACCUUCUUCUGUCAGUUUAUAUAUUAAAGAUUCAUCUAAAACUUUAUCUCCUAAUCAUACACUUUCUAAACAAAUAUCUAAUUCAAUGAUAGAAUUGAAUUGUUUUAAUUCAUUUGAAAAAUCAAAACAUAAAUCAACCAGUGAUCCAUUUAAUCUUAAUAACUUGAUUAAUCAUUAUUCGAUGAAUAAAAAGAUUAUACACCAUUGGAAACAAUUACCAAAAUUAUCAUUCAUAUCUUAUUAUUCAUCUAAUACAAAUUCAUUAGAUCAUAUCAAUUCAGAUAAUGAUGAUGAUAAUGAAUAUUAUAAUUUUAUUAAUAUACCAUUAUUAAGUACUAUACCAAGUGAUCAUUUAUCUUGUGAUCAAUCGUUUGAUCAAUAUUAUCAUAAAUCAAUCAGAACUAAAAAAUAUUCUAAUCAUUUAUCAUUAAUCAAUAAAGUUUCAUUAAAGAAUUCUAAAAGAAAACCUUUACAUGAAAUUCAAUCAAUAAAUCAUAAUUAGAAUUAGUUAUCAAUUGUUAUUUAUAUUAUUCAAAAGAAAAAAUUUCAUCGUCACUACUACUAUUAUCAUCAUCAUCAUCAAUUGGAAACUAAUUCACUCAAUUCUAUUUGUUGUUGCCAUCCUCAUUAUCCUCUGGAUUUUAUUGAUUUCAAUUUCAUUGUUUUCAUUGAUAACAUCAAUCUCAUUCAAAUAAUUAUCACCAUCACCCUCAUCACCAUCACCACCACCACCAUAUGUCUAUAUAGAUCUUGAGAGAUUUUUAAAAAAGAAAGAUAGUGAAAGAGAGCGAGAGGGAGAGUAAUGAAAAACACAUUGUACCUUAAUGUGUUCCAAAUUUAUUUAGUUUUUUUUUGUUUAAGAAUAAUCACACAUUAAGCUAAUGUGAAUGUAUCAUGUGUAAAUGUUCCUGUUCAUCUUUUUAUCCCUUUCAUCAUAACUCUUCGAUAAAACUUCCACCAUUAUUAUCAUUACUAUUAUUGUUAUUAAUAGUAGUAUUAGUAUGAUUAUAUAAUUCAUUGUUAUAAUGCUGCUUUUAUUGUUGUUCUCGUUUUUAUCCUGGUUUUGUUUGUUUGUUUGUUUCUAUUGCCCCCCUUAAUCCCAUUUUGUUAGUUUUGUUUUAUAUUCUAGUGUUAAUUCAUUUAUUGUUAAUCUACUCUUUUAAAUAAUAAUAGUAAUAAUAAUCAGAGUAAUAA